UGGGAGGGAGGAGUCUGGGCACGAGAAGACGCUAGUGUGGAAAGAAGGAAUGAACGUCUGAGGAGAAAGGAGGAACAGCCUACGGGAAGACUGGUGCUGGAAGUUAGCUGGGUGGGUGGCAGAGGAGGUGGAAAUCCCUGAGACGCCAGCCAAGGGCUGGGCACUCCGUUGGACCCACACUUCAGGUCCUUCCAGCCGCCGCUGCGCCCCGGGGCCAUGCGCCCCCCGCCCCCGCGCCAGCCCCCGCCGCCCGCGGCCGGGGCGCGGAGCUCUGUGAGCCUGCAGCGGUCCUUCCUGCGGAGCCCGCUGGGAGUGCUGCGAUUGCUGCAGCUGCUGGCCGGAGCCGCCUUCUGGAUCACCAUAGCCUCCAGCAAGUACCAGGGCCCCGUGCAUUUCGCGCUCUUCGUCUCGGUGUUCUUCUGGCUGCUGACCGCUGGCCUCUACUUCACCACUCUGCUGGGCAAACACGAGCUGGUGCCGCUGCUAGGCCCCCGCUGGCUGCUCACCAACAUGGUCCACGACCUGCUGGCGGCCGGCCUGUACGUGGCGGCUUCGGGCAUCAUGAUCGACCAGACGCAGCAGCACAACUAUUGCAACCUGAAGGACUACCAGCUGCCCUGCGCCUACCACUCCUUCCUCGCCGCCUCCGUCUGCGGCUGCUUCUGCCUCUCGCUCUACCUGCUCUCGGCGCUCUACUGCUCCUGCCGCCGCUGCCGGGGCCACCAAGACUCGGUGUGAGGCUGACCCGGGCCGCCGGGGCGGGAGGGGGAAGGGGAACCGAGCAAUCUCCCACCCCACCCUCCUCCCUCGCUAGCUCUCUUCCUAUCCCCUCUGCACAGCCCCACUCUCUAGCUACUCAACCUCCCAGUUCUGCAGUUCCCUUCGGAGGGCUCACUCGACUCCCGAGCCUCCCCACUUCUACCGGCCCAUCCCGGACCUUUCCUUCCCCACUCCCCUCCCCAGCCUCCCCAAAACCCACGCGAUCCAGCCGGGGCCGAGAUUCAGGGAGGACAAAUUGUUGCACACACACUCAACAAUGGACCAGUGAGCAGAUGCCCCUGACUAUUUCCAAGACGCAGAGACUGGAAUUUGAAAGCUGGCCGCAUCCCACUGACAGAUUGCAGGACUGGCUGGCCGCAAAUCGUGUAAGGCAGGUAGAGCCCGACAGACUGGCAGACCCCCAGAGGCCUGGCUUGCUCAUGAAACCCCUUUCGCCACUCCCCUCCCCACCCUAUGUCUGAACGUGGACAGAGACGCCCGCGUGGAUCCGGGGAAAGUUCUAUCGAAGCUUGUUCUGGAGCUGUUUCUCAACCCCUCCUUUCCUUCUCUGGGAGGAGCACGGCCCUUUCCUU